AAACCUCAUUUCAGUUCAACAAAAAACGACGCCAAAAUCUCGUCGUUUUGAUAAAUUCUCUCGCCAUUACGUCGCGCUUCCUCUGUUUUUUUUUUUUUCCUUUCUUCAUCUCCACUCCAUCUGCCUGUUUUGAGUGACUUAUCUCGGGACUCCAGCAAUCACCUAUAAAAUUACUUGUUUCGGAGUCCAUUUUGCACCACUCUUGACUCCGAAUGGGAUGGGGAAACAUUUACAGAAGACGAUUGAAAGUAUUCACAGUUGCGGUAAUAAUCUAUUUGGAUUAUAAGGCUGCACAGCAAAGGGAUAAAUGGACUAACAAAUCUAAAAGACCUGCUUUAUGGGAGAAGGUUCAUGAGCGCAAUGCCAAACGUGUUCUCCGCUUGAUUGUAGAGUUAGAAGGCUUAUGGGUGAAACUUGGUCAGUAUUUAUCGACACGCGCUGAUGUGCUUCCUGAGGCAUAUAUAUCCCUUCUCAAGCAGCUGCAGGACUCUCUUCCUCCUCGUCCCUUAAUGGAGGUCUGUAAGACCAUACAAAGAGAGUUGGGGAAAUCUAUGGAUGAUCUAUUCAUGGAGUUUGUUAAAGAACCAGUGGCGACAGCAUCUAUUGCACAAGUUCAUCGUGCAACUCUAAUUGACAGGCAGGAGGUGGUUGUUAAAGUUCAACAUGAGGGCAUUAAAGCAAUCAUUUUGGAGGAUUUGAAGAAUGCAAAGUCAAUCGUGGACUGGAUAGCAUGGGCAGAACCACAGUACAACUUCAAUCCUAUGAUAGAUGAAUGGUGCAAAGAAGCACCCAAAGAACUAGACUUCAACCAUGAAGCUGAGAAUACUAGAGUUGUAUCCAGAAAUCUUGGCUGCAAGCAGAGACAAGAUGAAUAUGAGUCUUCCAACAAAGUGGAUGUCUUAAUUCCAGAAGUUAUCCAGUCAACUGAGAAAGUCCUCAUUUUGGAGUACAUGGAUGGAAUUCGUUUGAAUGACUCUCAAACCCUGGAGGCUUUUGGCGUUAAUAAACAAAAGGUUGUUGAAGAAAUUACACGUGCAUAUGCCCAUCAGAUUUAUGUUGAUGGAUUUUUCAAUGGUGAUCCUCACCCAGGGAAUUUCCUUGUGAGCAAGGAACCUCCACACCAUCCAAUCUUACUUGACUUCGGGCUCACAAAGAAACUAUCAGGAUCCAUGAAGCAAGCUCUAGCAAAAAUGUUUUUGGCAUCUGCUGAGGGAGAUCAUGUGGCUCUUUUAUCUGCCUUCACAGAAAUGGGACUUAAGUUGCGUCUUGACAUGCCAGAGCAGGCUAUGGAUGUAACAACUAUGUUCUUCCGCUCUUCAACCCCAGCACAUGAAGCUAAUCAAACAAUAAAAUCUUUGGCUGAGCAAAGAACAAAAAACUUAAAAGUCAUACAGGAGAAGAUGAAUAUGAACCAAAAAGAAGUAAAACGCUUCAAUCCUGUGGAUGCAUUUCCUGGUGAUAUGGUGAUAUUUGUACGGGUUCUUAACCUUUUGAGAGGGCUUUCAUCCACUAUGGAUGUUCGCAUAGUGUAUCUAGACAUCAUGAGGCCAUUUGCUGAAUCUGUUUUGAUGGGAAAUAUAAAUAGGGGACCAGUGGUACAUCCUCAGUGGAUUCAUGACUCUCCUGUCCAUUCUGACGUGGAAAUCAAGCUAAGGCAGCUGUUAGUUGAGCUAGGAAAUCUCAACAAGAUACUUGGAGUUCAGGUUUGUGCCUAUAAAGAUGGGGAGGUUAUUAUUGAUACUGCUGCUGGCAUGCUUGGUAGAUAUGAUCCUCGUCCAGUUCAGCCAGAUAGCUUAUUUCCUGUUUUUUCUGUAUCAAAGGGUGUCACUUCAGGAAUGGUACAUUGGCUGGUCGACAAUGGAAAACUCAAGCUUGAUGAAACUAUUGCAAAUAUUUGGCCAGAGUUUGGAUCAAAUGGAAAAGAUGUCAUAAAGGUCCAUCAUGUGCUCAACCAUACAUCUGGUUUGCACAAUGCUUUCAGCUUAAACGCAGAAAAUCCUUUAUUACUGUGUGAAUGGGAUAAAUGUUUGAACUUGAUUGCUAGUUCAGUACUUGAGACAGAACCUGGCAAGGAGCAGUUAUAUCAUUAUCUAACAUUUGGCUGGUUAUGUGGUGGAAUAAUUGAGUAUGCAUCUGGAAAGAAAUUUCAGGAGAUUCUUGAAGAAGCAUUCAUUCAGCCCCUCAAGAUUGGUGGCGAGCUGUACAUUGGGAUUCCUCCAGGUGUGGAAUCUCGACUUGCAACCCUUACGCUAGAUACUGAUGAUCUCAGCAAACUUUCAGAGAUGGCUAAUCGUCCUGACCUUCCUUCGACCUUCCAGCCUAGGAAUAUUGCCCAGACAAUAACCACAUUGCCUGUCUUAUUUAAUUCGUUGAAUGUUCGCCGUGCCAUCAUACCUGCCGCUAACGGCCAUUGCUCCGCCCGUGCACUUGCACGAUACUAUGCAGCCCUGGCUGAUGGUGGAGAAGUCCCACCACCCCAUUCAUCUUUGUCAAAACCGCCACUUGGCUGCCACCACCACAUCCCCCGAUUUACUAAGUCCCAAGAGAAACAGAAAAAAAGUAAGGAGAUCUUAGCUGCAUUGAAGAAGAAAACAAAUUAUAAAGAAAAGAAGUAUUCUAGUGAAGAUUUGAAGGUUGAUGGCCAUGGAGGAGACAAUUUAACUAGGUUAAUCAAUGAUGGUAGUUCUGGCAGUGGAAAUAAUUCCAGUACGACUGGCAACACCGAAAACUGCCCUGAUUCUAAAAGCACUGUCAGCAGCCUUUUUAGAAACCCUAGAAUUCGUGAUGCAUUCUUGGGUGUUGGUGAAUAUAGAAAUUUGGUGGUGCCUAAUGGAAAGUUUGGACUAGGGUUUAGGAGGGUGGAUUCAAAUGGUGGAUCCUUGAUUGGAUUUGGGCAUUCGGGGAUGGGGGGAUCAACAGGGUUUUGUGAUAUUGAAAACAGGUUUGCGAUUGCGGUGACAUUGAACAAAAUGUCAUUUGGAGGUGUUACUGCUAAAAUUAUUCAGCUUGUUUGUUCAGAGCUGAAUCUUCCAAUUCCAGAAGAGUACUUGAGGUCGGGUACUGUUCAGCAGGGACAAGAAGUAGAGUUGGCGAGACCUAUAAUUAACUGAUAAUUAUGCUGUCGGCUCAACUGGCGCAGGUGCUCUUUAGCGGAGCCCAUGAAUUGGGGUCCAAUACAGUGUUAAAAAAAGUUGACGAUUAUAAUACAAAUUUUGCCAUUUAGUUUCAGAUACUGUACUGUGUACAUCAUGAAUUGUAUACCCAGCCGAAGGCAUAUCUGCUAGAAUGAAAAGUUGGAUUAUACUAAUUUAGGUUUAUGGUGGUUGAUUUAUUUGUUAUCGCUUUAUGGGUACACAAAAUUAUGUGACGAACACCAGAUUGUAAUCUCUUUACACCCAUCCCAAACUUCUUUUAUGUUUGUGGAUGCUAUCAGUCUCUCAUAUGAAAGUCUUUUGGAGUA